CAACAGCAAUUCCAAGUAGCUGUCUCAUCAAGCAAGCAAUACCAAUUUAGUUUUCCUUUCAUCAAACAUCAUAAUCGCAGCGAUAAUGUCGAUCAUCCCAAGCUUCUUUAGUGGCCGGCGAAGUAGCGUCUUCGACCCCUUCAAGGAUUACCCCUUCCCCACUUUUCCUGAAUUUUCACGAGAAAAUUCUGAGUUCGUGAAUGCCAAAAUUGACUGGAAAGAGACCCCAGAAGCCCACGUGUUCAAGGCGGAUCUUCCGGGGCUGAAGAAGGAGGAAGUGAAGGUUGAGAUCGAAGAUGACAGAGUGCUCCAUAUCAGCGGAGAGAGGAAUGUGGAGAAGGAAGACAAGAACGACACGUGGCAUAGGGUGGAGCGCAGUAGCGGGAAGUUCGUGAGGAGGUUGAGGCUGCCGGAGAAUGCGAAGAUGGAGGAGGUGAAGGCGUCCAUGGAGAAUGGGGUUCUUACGGUCACUGUUCCCAAAGAGGAGGUGAAGAAGCCCGAGGUGAAAUCCAUUGAAAUUUCUGGUUGAAUGAAGCAAUUGUUGUAUGAUUGCUUUAUUGGAAAGUCUUGUCGUCUUUGUUUGAAUGUAAACAAGUAAAUACAGAAGUUUACCUUGUAAUAUUUUCUUCUUCUCUGUUUGUAUACAACCACUUGUUAUAAUUUGACAUAUCUCCCAUA